AUGGCUGCCUCCCGGAUACCCUUCAGCUCUCUGAAUGUACAAGGAGAAGCCAGGUGGGUCGGGAAGUGGUUCUGUUUGGUUUCUCUGACCCCCAGCCCUCCGAGAUGCUCUGGGUCUGCUUUGUCAUCAUCUGUGACCCUGAUGUUCCGUGUCAUUGGUCUUGCCCUGUGCCUCUGCCUUGGCCUCGGAAGUGACCCGCUGGUAAUUGUGUGGACGCCAGCACGGGCACGUGGCGCUCUGCAUCCCAGCGACUCUGGCCUGACCUGUGCCGCCUUCCCUCAGGACCACUAUGACUGGGGCCUGCGGGCCAUCAAGUCGGUGCUGGUGGUGGCGGGAUCCCUGAAGCGAGGAGACCCUGACCGCCCCGAGGACCAGGUCCUGAUGCGCUCCCUGAGAGACUUCAACAUCCCCAAGAUCGUGACCGAUGAUGUGCCAGUGUUCAUGGGCCUGAUUGGGGACCUCUUUCCUGCCCUGGAUGUCCCUCGGAGGAGAGACCUCAACUUCGAAGCCUUGGUUCGGAAGGCCGUGGUGGAGCUGAAACUCCAGGCCGAGGACAACUUUGUUCUCAAGGUGGCCCAGCUGGAGGAGCUCCUGGCAGUGCGGCACUCGGUGUUCGUGGUGGGCAACGCUGGGGCCGGCAAGUCUCAGGUGCUCAAAUCCUUGCACAAGACCCAUCAGAUCAUGAAGCGUCGCCCUGUCUGGGUGGACCUCAACCCCAAAGCAGUCACAAACGAUGAGCUCUUUGGUGUCAUCAAUCCAGCUACCAGAGAAUGGAAGGAUGGACUCUUCUCUUCCAUCAUGCGGGAGCUUGCCAACAUCACCCACGAUGGGCCCAAGUGGAUCUUACUGGAUGGCGACAUAGAUCCAAUGUGGAUUGAGUCUCUGAACACCGUCAUGGAUGAUAACAAGGUGCUGACCCUGGCAAGCAACGAGAGGAUCCCCCUGAGUCCCACGAUGAGGCUGCUGUUUGAGAUCAGCCACCUGCGCACGGCCACCCCAGCAACGGUCUCCAGAGCAGGAAGGUCCGAACGGGAGCCGCCUGUGCAUCAUGGGAAACUCUGA